GCCCGAUCGGCCCGCGGGUGACGCCGGCUGGGGCACAGAAAGGCGGCUCCGAGGGGGCGGGCGGGCGAGCCGCCCCUCCCGGGUCCUUCCACGUCCCCUCCCGGGAGGGACCCAUACCUGAGCCGGGACCCACCCCCACCCGGGGCCACGCUGGAUCCGCCUCCCGGGCUGGGUCCCGCCCGCCGGCUGCAGGUGGGCAGUAGCGCCCCAGCCGCGGGCAGUGGGCGGCGGGGAAGGAGGUGAGCCGCGUCCGCGCCGGCUGCCUCUCUGGUCCUUGUCCCCGCUGCUGCGCUCUCCUCCUCCCCUUCCCGCAGGCAGGGCGCGGAGACGCGCGCCCGCCCUGCCGCCGCCGCCGCCUUGUCCCUCAGGGGCACCAUGGAGCUCUCCCUGUCGUCCGGAGGAGCCGCGGAGGCGCUCUCCUGGCCGGAGAUGUUCCCGGGACUGGAGUCCGACUCGCCGCUCCCCCCGGAGGAGCUGGACGCUGUUGUCCCGGUCAGUGGGGCCGUGGCCGGUGGCAUGUUGGAUCGGAUCCUUCUGGAGUCCGUGUGCCAGCAACAGAGCUGGGUCCGGGUGUACGAUGUGAAAGGGCCACCUACCCAUCGUCUGUCUUGUGGCCAGUCACCCUACACCGACACAACAACAUGGGAGCGGAAAUACUGCAUUCUCACAGACAGCCAGCUGGUGUUGCUCAACAAGGAAAAGGAGAUACCUGUGGAGGGAGGACAGGAGCAGCAGACAGAUUCCACCAAAGGGCGAUGCCUGAGGAGAACUGUCAGUGUCCCUUCCGAGGGUCAGUUUCCUGAGUACCCACCAGAGGGCGCUGCUAAACUGGAGGUGCCAGCAGAAAGGUCCCCCCGCAGACGGAGUAUCUCAGGGACCAGUACAUCAGAGAAACCCAACUCUAUGGAUACUGCAAAUACCUCACCCUUCAAAGUACCAGGGUUCUUCAGCAAGCGCCUGAAAGGCUCCAUCAAGAGGACCAAAAGCCAAUCAAAGCUCGACCGAAACACGAGCUUUCGGCUUCCCUCCCUUCGCAAUACAGAUGACAGGUCUCGUGGGCUGCCUAAACUAAAAGAGUCACGUUCCCAUGAAUCCUUGCUGAGCCCAUGCAGUGCAGUGGAAUGUCUGGAUCUUGGUAGAGGGGAGCCCGUAUCAGUGAAGCCACUCCAUAGCAGCAUCCUUGGACAAGACUUCUGCUUUGAGGUUACCUACUUAAGCGGCAGUAAAUGCUUCAGCUGUAACUCCGCUUCAGAGAGAGAUAAGUGGAUGGAAAACCUUCGCAGGACAGUUCAACCAAAUAAGGACAAUUGCAGACGAGCUGAAAACGUUCUCCGUUUAUGGAUUAUUGAAGCCAAGGACCUUGCCCCUAAAAAGAAAUAUUUCUGUGAACUGUGCCUUGAUGAUACCCUCUUUGCUCGUACAACCAGCAAGACCAAAGCAGACAAUAUUUUCUGGGGUGAACAUUUUGAGUUCUACAGCCUUCCACCUCUUCAUAGCAUCACAGUUCACAUUUAUAAAGAUGUGGAAAAAAAGAAAAAAAAAGACAAGAAUAAUUAUGUAGGGCUAGUCAAUAUCCCCACUGCCAGUGUGACUGGUCGCCAAUUUGUAGAAAAGUGGUACCCAGUGAGUACACCUACACCCAACAAAGGAAAGACAGGAGGACCUUCUAUUCGGAUUAAAUCACGUUUCCAAACUAUCACCAUUCUGCCUAUGGAGCAAUACAAAGAGUUUGCAGAGUUUGUCACCAGCAACUACACCAUGUUGUGUUCUGUUCUUGAACCAGUAAUUAGUGUGAGAAAUAAAGAAGAAUUGGCCUGUGCCUUAGUGCACAUUCUUCAAAGUACUGGCAGAGCCAAGGAUUUUCUGACCGACUUGGUGAUGUCUGAGGUGGAUCGUUGUGGAGAGCAUGAUGUCUUGAUCUUCAGAGAGAACACCAUUGCCACCAAAUCCAUUGAGGAAUACCUCAAGUUGGUGGGACAACAGUAUCUUCAUGAUGCAUUGGGGGAGUUCAUCAAAGCUUUGUAUGAGUCAGAUGAAAACUGUGAAGUGGAUCCCAGCAAAUGUUCAUCUAGUGAACUGAUAGACCAUCAGAGCAACCUGAAAAUGUGCUGUGAGCUGGCUUUCUGCAAGAUCAUCAACUCUUACUGUGUUUUCCCUCGUGAGUUGAAAGAAGUGUUUGCAUCCUGGAAGCAGCAGUGCCUGAACCGCAGCAAGCAAGACAUCAGCGAGCGGCUCAUCAGUGCCUCGUUGUUUCUCCGUUUUCUGUGCCCAGCCAUCAUGUCUCCCAGUCUCUUCAACCUCAUGCAGGAAUAUCCUGAUGACCGCACAUCUCGGACUCUAACUCUAAUUGCCAAGGUCAUCCAGAACCUGGCCAACUUUGCCAAAUUUGGUAACAAAGAGGAAUACAUGGCAUUCAUGAAUGAUUUUUUAGAGCACGAAUGGGGUGGAAUGAAGCGCUUUCUUUUGGAGAUCUCUAAUCCGGACACCAUCUCAAACACCCCAGGCUUUGAUGGUUACAUUGAUCUGGGCCGAGAGCUUUCAGUUUUGCAUUCCUUACUGUGGGAAGUAGUUUCCCAACUUGAUAAGGCAACCGUGGCAAAAUUGGGACCUCUCCCUCGUGUUCUUGCUGAUAUUACCAAAUCUCUGACUAAUCCUACACCAAUACAACAGCAACUGAGACGCUUCACUGAGCAUAACUCCAGUCCAAAUGUCAGUGGAAGCCUCUCCUCUGGGCUGCAGAAAAUUUUUGAAGACCCUACUGACAGUGAUUUGCAUAAACUAAAAUCUCCAAGCCAGGACAACACAGAUAGCUAUUUCAGAGGGAAAACGUUAUUGCUGGUUCAGCAAGCCUCCUCCCAGAGCAUGACUUACUCUGAAAAGGAUGAAAAGGAAAGUAGCCUUCCUAAUGGCCGGAGCAUCUCCCUCAUGGACCUUCAGGACACUCAUGCCACCCAAGUGGAGCAUGCAUCUGUCAUGCUUGACAUGCCAAUGCGCCUGACUGGAAGCCAGCUUUCCGUAACCCAGGUGGCCAGCAUCAAACAACUUCGGGAAACCCAGAGCACUCCCCAGAGCGCACCCCAAGUGCGAAGGCCCCUGCACCCAGCCUUGAACCAGCCAGGCAGCCUCCAGCCCUUGUCAUUCCAGAACCCUGUCUAUCACCUCAAUAACCCAAUUCCAGCAAUGCCAAAGGCCUCUGUGGAUUCCAGUUUGGAGAACCUAAGCACUGCCAGUUCCAGGAGCCAAAGUAACAGUGAAGACUUCAAACUCAGUGGACCCAGCAACAGCAGCAUGGAAGAUUUCACCAAACGUAGCACUCAGAGUGAGGACUUCUCCAGGCGGCACACUGUGUCGGACAGACACAUACCUCUUGCUCUGCCACGGCAGAAUAGCACGGGGCAGGCCCAGAUCCGAAAAAUGGACCAGGCUGGGCUAGGUGCCCGAGCCAAAGCCCCACCGUCCCUGCCGCACAGUGCUUCCCUACGUAGCACCGGGAGCAUGUCACUGGCAUCUGCGGCUCUGGUGGCCGAACCUGUGCAAAAUGGGAGCCGGUCCCGGCAGCAGUCCUCUUCCUCCAGAGAGAGUCCUGUUCCCAAAGUGAGAGCGAUCCAGAGACAGCAGACACAGCAGGUUCAGUCACCUGUGGACUCUGCCACAAUGUCCCCAGUAGAGAGGACGGCAGCCUGGGUUCUGAACAAUGGGCAAUAUGAAGAAGAUGUAGAAGAAACCGAGCAAAAUCAAGAUGAAGCCAAGCAUGCCGAGAAGUACGAACAGGAAAUUACUAAACUGAAGGAGCGCCUGCGAGUGUCCAGCCGGCGGCUAGAGGAGUAUGAGCGCCGGUUGCUGGUGCAGGAGCAGCAGAUGCAGAAGCUGCUGCUGGAGUACAAGGCCCGGCUGGAGGACAGCGAGGAGCGGCUGCGCAGGCAGCAGGAGGAGAAGGAUAGCCAGAUGAAGAGCAUCAUCAGCAGGCUAAUGGCUGUGGAAGAGGAAUUGAAGAAGGAUCAUGCUGAGAUGCAAGCAGUUAUCGAUGCAAAGCAAAAAAUAAUUGAUGCACAGGAAAAACGGAUCGUGUCGCUGGAUUCGGCCAACACCAGACUGAUGAGCGCGCUGACCCAAGUGAAGGAGCGGUACAGCAUGCAGGUCCGCAAUGGCAUCUCCCCCACCAACCCCACCAAGCUUUCCAUCACGGAGAAUGGUGAAUUCAAAAACAGCAGCUGCUGAUGGGCUUUGUGAAUAGACAGACUGUGGGAGGAGACAGAAGGAAAUGCCCCCGCUCUCCUGUCCCCAGCCCUCUCCCCAGCCCCACCAGGUUUACAGAAUGUUGCUACUUCAGAACAGCAGGGUGGCGAGCAACUCUCCAAUGAAUAAAGGAACCUUGUCUUUCAGGGCAUAAGGCUAAGACUUCCAAGGUC